UUUUUUAAAGUUUGAUUUGCAUAAUUUGCAUAAAAUAAUUUCUUAUUAAUUUAUUUUGUCAAUCCUAUUGAAAAUUUUCAAUUCCGGUAAUUAAUUGAUUCCCGACAUAUUUGAUAUAAAGAUUUCCGGGAUUUCCGAGUCAAAAUUGGAAGACUUUUAGUUGAUCCUCAUUGUGUUUUCGUGGUAAUUUAUAUAGAAAAAGUGUGCGUUACGCACUAUGCAUUACGAUCAUCUUUUACCCUUCAUGAACCAUACUUUCCCUUAGUUGUUAGGGUCCGUUCACCGAAAAUCUUGCCCGAUAGUAUUUUGGUAAACAGCCAGCCUUACCCCAUCUUUUUUCAUCGCACGUAGAGCUCUCACUCAGCUCUUGGCGCUUUCAUUCCUUUUUCCUUUACAUAGCUUACGUUUCUAACGUUUAUAUUUUACGUCAAUAAAUACAUAUUUUUUGACUUAAAAUUCCAAACAUGUUUGGAUCGCUGGCCGAAAAACUGUUUGGCCAAUCUUAUUAUGCCCGAUAUGCAUUGAUAGUUUCGGUGUGUCAAGCAUUGGCUGUAUCAAUACUGGAAGGGUUGGUUCUUGCAGUACAUUCAAAGGCUGUUAGUCAAAUAUCUUUAUUUGAAGAUAAAGUGAAGAAUGAUGCAACUUUAUUAAGUGAUUUUACUGAUAUAUAUGCUCAAGGAAGAAGUAUGACAAUAUAUCAUGUUUUGUUUAUUGUCAGUCAAUUUUUUCAAUUAGGAUUAUGUAUUGAUGCGCUUUAUCAUCAAAAUACUAUUCAACUUAUUGCAUUAAGUUUAUUUAUAUUUGCUGGUUUGGCUUUUUCUGCAAUUCAAGUUUAUCAAUCAACUUCUUUAAUCUCUGACAACGGAAUAUCACCUUCCAUCCAGGAACUUAUUAUUAAAGGAAAUGAUACUCUCCCUAAAGAUGCAGUUCCUUAUGAAAUUGUCAUCAUCAUAGUAAUGUUAAUUUCUUCAAUGAGUUUUGCAUACUUGGCUUAUAAAUUAUAUCAAGAAUUUGGUUGGACAAUAUAUAAGAAGAUUGGAGCUGAUAUGGCAAUGAGAGAUCGAUAUAAAAUGUAUCAAAUUUUCAUAAUGCUAUUAAAAUUCGAUGUCUUCUUCUUCCUUGGAUUCUCGAUACAAUUUUUGGCUUUGGUGGUUAUUCUGGAGGCAACAAAAGAAAUAUUACAGCAUGUAAUAUUAUCAGUAUUAACAUCGGCUGGAAUGAUUAUAGUUGGGUUCUGGGGAGUACAAACGGAGAGAAAGGUUCUUAUGUAUCUUUUCAAGUUAGGAGUUUGUGUUGCAGAAGGUUAUAUUAUAUCGAAAAUAGUUGAUGUGUCAAUGAAUCCUGAUAAAUAUCAUGGAACUAGGAUUUUCGUUACAUUUUUCCUUUCUGUUUGUUUAGUCCUAGGAAUAGUAACUUUUGUAAUAUCCCUCCUUUGUUUAAAAAAUUUCGAUAAGGGAUUGAAAUUUCAUCUUUCACGAAGCAAAAGUCUUUCAUCACAAGUGGGCGGACGAGAAGGACGAGAUGCUUUUAUUGAAAAUAAUCGCGCAUACAACCUUGAAACUGUAAAUCGACACACACAAAGAUGGUCUAUUGAUUAAAAUUGGGAUUCUAUGUUGAAGUUUUUUCUAAAAAAAAAAAAAAAAAAA